AAAAGAAAUCCCCAGUGAAAAUCAGAGCGAACCUCCCGCCCCCGGCGCGCCUGUUUCCGAUGGUCUCCUGCAGGCAGAGAGCACUCGGGAUGGCUGGGGGGGAGCGAGAGGCAUCUUCAUGGCGCACAGGUGAUCGAGUUGUCCUACAUCCACUCCCCGCACCCGCUUCAUUGCAAGCCUCCCGACUCGUUCAUGCGGGUCCCGCACACCGGUCUGUGCACGCAGAGCCCCCGGCUGCACGCGGAGAGCCCCUGGGCGGGGAACCAGUCCCUCCGUUCGCCUCGCCGGCGCGCAAAGGGCGGCGGGGGUCGCCCAAAGGCGGCUACUCCGCGCGGGGUUUUGCAAAUUGACACAAACGCGUUGAGUUUGGAAAUCCGGAGUUCCCAUUCCGUGCUUCCCCCGCCCGCCUUUCUCUUCCCAGCCAACCCUCUUCCUGCCUCCGAUUUACAUACGAGCCGCCCAGCUCGGCUUUCACGGGCUGCCUCAGCCCCCUCCGGAGCCGCUGAUUGGUGUUUUCCCCCGCAGGUUAUUUGCAUGCCGUCUGCACACGGGGUGCCCCACAGAGGAGUUCGCUCAAAGCUUCCGCAAGUGUCCGGAGUGCCGGCUGGAGCAGAGUCUGCAGCUCCCCGGGCUGCUCUUGGGCUCUCCUGCUACCACCCUCCCUUGCUGGGCUGGAGCUUUGCUCUGGGUAGCUGUUUGGGGAAGGAUUCUCUAGGCUUGUCUUCUGGAUCCGUCCUCUCCCUGCCUGCUCAGCACGCCGCUGCCUUCAGAACCACCCGGCUGACCGGAGAGGUGGGGUUGGCCUUGUCUUGGGGCUCUGAAGUGACCUGCCCUAGGAGGAGACUCCUUUGGCACAUUGGGGACUGUUUGAUACUGACACUCCCCACUCCCUCCCCGUACUUUCCGUCCUUGCUCCAGACGGAAAAUGAAUGAUCUCAGCCUGCCUGUGGAAUGGAGACAGCUGGCACCCAGCAGAGCCUGAAGGAGCCUCUGAAGCUGAAGUGUGAACUUGAUUCUCCUCCGCAAUGUUAUAAGCUGCCCAGCCGUUCUCUUUGUGGUGCCAGCCUCUCUGGUCCACUAACAGCAGCAAGGAUCUAGUUUCAUCUUCACCUUUUUGUGCCUCUGAGGGGCUGGAUCACAAUUCUUUCCUAUGGCUGGGAUAUACAGCUCUACUCUGAAGACCCUGGAGGAUUUAACCUUGGACUCUGGUUAUGGGGCAGGGGAUUCCUGCAGAUCUCUUAGUCUCUCUUCUUCUAAGUCCAACUCCCAAGCCUUCACAUCAUCUCAGCACAGAGGCAACUGGUGGUACUAUUCAGGCUCCAUGAAUAGUAGGAAUAACAGCUGGGAUACAGUGAACACUGUUCUGCCAGAAGACCCCGAAGUUGCAGACAUCUUUUCCAAGUGUCCUAAACUGCCAGAUCUAGAGGAAUUCCCUUGGACUGAUGAAGACAUUGGGAAAAUACUCAGAAAAGGAAAGGGGGAAGGAAAUACCAGAAACUUUUCUCAGGAAGCUGUCAGGAGACUCUCUCAGCUACUUAGGAGAGCCCUGAUCAGGGUCUCCAGGGAGGCCCAACGUCUGAGUGUGAUGCAUUCCAAAUGUACUAGAUUUGAGGUCCAAAGUGCCAUCAAGCUCAUCCAGAGCUGGUCGUUGUCAGAAAGCUGUGUCCUGGCUACUGUCAAGGCUCUUUCCCUGUACAGUAUGAGUGCAGGAGAUGGAUUGAGGAAAGGCAAGUCCUCCCGAUGUGGCCUCACCUUCUCAGUGGGGAGGUUUUUCAGGUGGAUGGUGGACACUAGGAUCUCGGUAAGGAUUCAUGAGUAUGCAGCUAUCUCUUUGACGUCUUGUAUGGAAAAUCUGGUGGAAGAAAUCAAAGGCAGGGUUCUAGCGAGUCAGAGCCCAGAUGGAGGAGGAGGAGGAGGAGGAGCGGGGGAGAUCUCCUCUGAAAUCCUUGAGAUGGUCAUCAACAAUGAUGCUGAGCUUUGGGGAGUACUGCAGCCUUACGAACAUCUCAUCUGUGGGAAAAAUGCUAAUGGUGUGCUGUCUCUGCCUGCCUACUUCAGCCCCUACAAUGAUGGCUCCAUAAGCAGUGAUGGACGGGCCGAUGCGUAUGCCCAGCUGGAGCUCCGAACUCUGGAACAGUCUCUCUUGGCGACUUGCGUUGGAAGCAUCUCAGAACUAAGUGACUUGGUAUCGCGAGCAAUGCACCACAUGCAAUGUUUGAACACCCUCCGCCCCGGCAUGAGCCCUAUCCGGCAAACCAGGCAACAGCAGCCCAUUACCUGGUCCCCUGAUGCCCUCCAUACCCUCUACUACUUCCUACGCUGUCCUCAGAUGGAGUCCAUGGAGAACCCCAACCUGGAUCCGCCAAGGAUGACCCUGAACAAUGAACGGCCCUUCAUGCUUCUGCCCCCGCUGAUGGAGUGGAUGCGAGUGGCUAUCACCUACGCUGAGCAUCGGCGCAGUUUAACUGUGGACAGCGAUGAUAUCAGGCAGACGGCCAGGCUGCUCUUACCAGGACUGGACUGCGAACCACGGCAGCUGAAACCUGAAUGCUGUUUUAGCUCCUUCCGAAGACUGGACGCUAAGGCUGCUACUGAAAAAUUCCAGCAGGACCUGGGUUUCCGAAUGUUAAAUUGUGGAAGGACUGAUCUAAUCAACCAAGCUAUAGAGGCGCUGGGACCUGAUGGGGUUAACACAAUGGAUGAUCAGGGCGUGACCCCACUAAUGUAUGCCUGUGCUGCUGGAGAUGAAGCCAUGGUCCAGAUGCUGAUUGAUGCUGGAGCAAAUUUGGAUAUACCAGUUCCUGGCAGCAAUCCCCGAUAUCCCUCAGUCCAUCCCGACAGCCGGCACUGGACUGCGCUCACCUUUGCUGUGCUACAUGGACACAUUUCUGUAGUUCAGCUGCUCUUGGAUGCCGGUGCCCAUGUUGAGGGCUCCGCAGUUAACAGCGGUGAGGACAAUUAUGCUGAGACCCCACUUCAACUGGCUUCAGCGGCAGGGAACUAUGAGCUGGUCAGUUUGUUACUGAGUAGGGGCGCAGACCCCCUCCUGAGUAUGCUGGAAGUCAAUGGGAUGUCCUCAUCGCUUCACGAAGACAUGAACUGCUUUAGUCACUCAGCCGCACAUGGGCACAGAAACGUGCUGCGCAAGCUCCUGACCCAGCCUCAGCAGUCGAAGGGAGAUGUUCUCUCGCUGGAGGAGAUUUUAGCUGAGGGAGUGGAGAGUGACACCUCCAGCCAGGACAGCUCCAUCGAGGGGCAGGUCAGGCUGUGUAAAACCAGGAUGAAGGCCCUGCAGGAGGCCAUGUAUUACAGUGCUGAGCAUGGCUACGUGGACAUCACCAUGGAGCUCAGGGUACUUGGAAUCCCAUGGAAGCUUCAUGUGUGGAUUGAGUCAUUACGGACAACCUUCUACCAGUCUCGCUAUUCAGUCGUGCAGAACCUCUUAAGGGAGUUUGUCACUAUUAAGGAGGAGGACUAUAACGAAGAGCUGGUUAACGAAGGGCUGCAGCUAAUGUUUGAUAUCCUCAAAACCAGCAAAAAUGAUUCAAUCAACCAGCAGCUUGCAGCCAUCUUCACCCACUGCUAUGGCAGCAGUCCUAUACCCAACAUUCCUGAAAUACAAAAGACGUUGCCGGCCCGGCUUGAUCCUCACUUUCUAAACAAUAAAGAAAUGUCUGAUGUAACUUUUCUAGUGGAAGGAAAGCUGUUUUACGCACACAAAGUCCUGCUGGUUACUGCUUCCAACAGGUUUAAGACCCUGAUGACCAAUAAACCAGAACUAGACAGCCAAGGCAGUAAGACUGUUGAAAUUGGUGAUAUGAAAUACAGUAUUUUCAAGAUGCUGAUGCAGUAUUUAUAUUAUGGAGGAACAGAAUCUAUGGAAAUCCCCACAGCUGAUAUCCUAGAGCUGCUGUCAGCUGCCAGCCUGUUUCAACUGGAUGGCCUCCAAAGACACUGUGAAAUCUUAUGUGCCCAGACCAUCAGCAUGGAGAGCUCUGUUAACAUCUAUAAAUAUGCAAAGAUCCACAGUGCACCUGAACUGGCCUCAUUCUGCGAGGGCUUCUUCCUCAAACACAUGAACUCUCUGCUGGAACAGGACUCGUUCCGACAGCUCAUCUAUGGCAGGAACAGCAAGGUGCAGGGUCUGGACCCUCUGCGGGACCUGCAGACAACACUGGCCAGUCGACUGCAUUCUAUUUACAUCACCUCAAGAGUGUGAGGCAGGGGCAAAGCAGCAGCAGGAAUGCUAGGGCAUCACACUGGCACGGGACCUUAUCCAGCUGGGGCUUCCAGGUCUGUCUUAUGGAACCACCAGCUUAUGCUGAAAGUCCCCACCUAAGCUGACGCCCUUAGGGCAGUGAUUUCUCUGGGGAGCGUGUUAGAGUGCUGCAACUAUUCUAACGACAAAGGAGGGGAGGUGGCUUUUUUCUUCUGUGGUGUCGCUCUGAUGCCGUACAGCACCAACAGGAAAAAAUGGAGGCAGCAACUGAAGAACCUGGCCCGAAGAGAAGAUCUGUGUUUCCGUUUUCAUGAGCACAAGGUGAAAGCUGCUAGGGAAACAGCGCACGCAGAUGCAGCGGAGUGAGGCCUAACAUUGGGGGUGUUUCGAACAUGCUAAUCUAAACCAUCUAUCUACAACCCCCGUCAGGUUGAUGUGUAUACACCAGUGGUGCUUUUAAAAGGGUGUGUUGAUAGUCCUCUAAUCCCAUGAACCUCUGAGCAUUCAGUCACCUGACCACAUGCGUAUAGUAGUUAGCAUGCUCAGACUACCACUGUAGCUAUAAACACGAGUUUUACACAUGGCAAAAGACUCUAGCCUUGUUGCCCAUAAAUUCUUUGCACCCCACAAGGCUGAAAGAAGGUGAGACUGUAAAAUAGGCCUCUACAAUUAUCUUUUUUCAGUGGCACCUACUUUGGAGAAUGUAGCCAAGUUUUGAUCUACUUGUCUGUGUUCAGUGGUGGCCAAUGGGAAAGAAAAUAGCCUAUCCUGUUUACACUGUAAAGGUUUGAUCAAGUGUCUUGUAGUGUCCAAGUCAUCCCAUCUUUAACAGUGUGGGAAUAGCACAUGGAGCACUCCUGCGGGAUUAGUGACUGAUGCAAUAAGAGGAGGUGGUUUUCAAAAAUGCUGCAGCAGAACCUAUUGCUGUGUUGAGGGGCCUUGGUCCUACUAUUGUGUGUACCACCUAGACUCCCUUAAAGCCAAGCAGGAAUGUACAGCUCAUUCUUCCCUGAUGCUGUGCUCUCUUGCUGGAGGUGGUGUGGUGUAGAGAAACAUGCAUGAGAGGAAAGCCUGACACAAACUUGUGGCCAUGGGCAAGUCAGUUCUCUCUACAGCUGUGGAGAUGGAAGUAAUGGGGAUACUUCCUCAAAUACACUACUUCCCUGGAGGUGGGGGGAAGGGUAUACUGCAGAAUGCUUGCACGCAUUAGCUCACCGUUGCCCUCUAUGUCUAGGAAAAGUUUAGGUUGCAGUACUUAGGGUUGAAGUAUCUAGUUUUGAGAUUCACCGUGUUUUCUUAGCUUACAAAAGGGCAGAAACUAUCAAACUU